AUGCCGGGAAGAUUGAAUGGUGUUAUCAUUUGUGAUACAGCAACAAAGAAAGCAAAAGCACUGGGAAUAAUUAAGAAGAAAAAUACUUUAUUCGUGGCUGAAGUAAAGGGUCACAUUGAUGAAAAAUACAUUAAUGAUUACAUAAACUUUUUACCGAUAAUAAGAAACUUAGAUAUUAUCACAGAUGAAAAAACAAUUGGCAGUUUUAUGUAUAAUUACAUGAAAUCAAACAAUCUACCAGUUGACCAGAAACAGAGAAAAUUAACUCAGUUAGCAUCAACACACAACCAAUAUCAACCAUUUUCUUCUUAUUAUCUUUGGUAUCUAAUAGACAGAUUUCAUUUUAUCAUUGAUGACAUUCAAUCAAUUUUAACAUUUACUAAAAACACUUGUUUUAAUGAAUUUGCGAACAAAUUUAUGAACGAAAGACAAAAGGCUGAAUUAGAAGGAAAUAAAGGAAAAAGUUUAUUUUGCAAGAUUUCACUUAAUGGAUCAUAUGGUUACGAUGCAAUGAAUACACAAAAUUACACAAAGACUAAAAUAAUGAAUGCACAGAAGGCACGCGUUGCAUGUAUGUCAAAUAAGUUUAAAAACAUAA